GGCGGGUUCUCUGGCUGUCUCUCAAAUUAACAUGUAGCAAGAACGCUAUGGCUAAUAACAACAGGCUUUAUUGGAGAGCUGGCUAAUUGCAACUGAAAGGUCUAUAAACCCGCAAACUAGACAGCUGCAGCCCACAUCAGAUGCCAUGGAGUCGUGUGAUGACGGGGGCCUCAGUGUGGGCACAUCCUCUAUUGAGGAGAACUACUUUCAGGGCUACACAUUCACAGACCGUUCACAUUCUAGCCGUGUGGUUAAGAGCAUCAUGGACCUGUGUUUGGAGGACGGCUUGUUUGCAGAUGUCACCAUCACGGUGGAGGGCAGAGAGUUCCUUCUCCAUCGUCUGGUCCUGUCAGCCCAAAGCAGCUUCUUCAGAUCCAUGUUCACCUCCAAUCUUAGAGAAACUCACGAUCGCCACAUCGAGCUGAAAGACGUCAGUGCGCCCGUCUUCCAGCUGCUGGUGGACUACAUUUACCAUGGCACCAUCAAGCUACAGGUGGACGAUCUACAAGACACCUACGAGAUGGCCGACAUGUACCAGCUUACAGCCCUCUUUGAGGAGUGCUCGCGCUUCCUCUCACGAACUGUGGAUGUCAAGAACUGUCUUCAGGUGAUGUGGUUGGCAGACAGACACAGUGACCAGGAGCUGUAUACAGCAGCUAAACACUGUGCUAAGAUUCAUCUGGUACAGCUGCACCAGACAGAGGAGUUCCUCAAUCUCCCUUUACGUCUCCUCAUUGACAUCAUCAAAGAUGGUGUUCCAACUUCCCAAAAUCCAACUGCAGCAAUUGAGUCGUGGAUAAACCACAACAAAGUCGAGAGAGAGGAGUUUGCAGACAUGCUUUCUGACAGCCUAAAGGAGAUUGGAGAGAACGUACACAUCUACCUUAUAGGCAAGGAGGAGACGCGGACACACUCGCUGGCCGUGUCACUUCACUGUGCUCAGGACGAUGCCAUCAGUGUGAGCGGCCAGAAUAGCUUGUGCCAUCAGAUCACAGCAGCCUGCAAGCAUGGGGGCGACCUGUACGUAGUGGGCGGCUCUAUCCCACGGCGCAUGUGGAAGUGUAAUAUGCGCACCAUGGAUUGGGAGAGGUGCGCGCCGCUGCCUCGUGACCGGCUGCAGCACGCGUUGGUGUCCGUACCCUCCGAAGAUGCCAUCUACUCGCUUGGGGGCAAGACGCUUCAGGACACGCUGUCCAACGGUGUUGUCUAUUACACAGUGCAAGCUAACACGUGGACCGAGACCAAACAGCUGGACAUAGCUGUGUUCGGAGCUGCAGGCGUUCAUCUCGACGGCAUUAUUUACCUUCUGGGCGGAGAAGAAAACGAUGCCGACUUUUUUACCAAGCCAUCCCGCCUUAUCCAGUGCUUCGACACGGCAAUGCAGAAAUGCCGCACCAAGCCGUACAUGCUGCCCUUCGCUGGCCACAUGCACGCUGCCGCUCACAAGGACCUGAUCUUUGUGGUGGCUGAAGGCGACUCGCUUGUGUGCUACAACCCACUGCUGGACAGCUUCACACGCCUGCGCUUCCCCGAGGUGUGGAGCUGUGUGCCCUCGCUCUGGAAGGUGGCCAGCUGCAACGGCUGUAUUUAUGUGUUCCGGGAUAAAUGCAAGAAGGGUGACGCUGACACACUCAAGCUGAACCCAGCCACAUCUGUCGUGUCGGUUAUCAAAGGGAUUAAAAUCCUUCUCACAAACUGGCAGUUCGUUCUGGCCUGAUGUUGUAGUGGCAUUUUUAAUGAGACACAGGAUGGGGUACAGUAAAACUGUAUGUGGACCAUAUAAUGUUUGCUGUCAUGGUAUAGAAUUUACAUUUGUAUUGUCAGUUAGUCACUCGGCAGAUGCUUCUAUCUGACAAGACUUACAACUGAACUGAGGAGAUAAAGAGUCUUACUCGAGAGCUCAGCAGUGAUGUUUUACAGUACAUAGAUUUGAACUCUGAACCUUCCAGUUAGUAGUCCAGUGCCACCAUUAGCCCAUGUAUAAUGAUAUAAGAGAAACUACCUGAAGUGUUUGUAUACUUUUAAUUUAUUUGUGCUCCCAAUGCAUUGUUAAAAAAGCCAUACAAUAUUUGAAUUCUUAACUGAAUCAACACUUUGUGGCAUUUUGGACUACAGUUCAGUGUCUAGUUUUAUCGGCACAAUAUUAUAAGCAGUAAAAACCAUCUAUAAGCUCAUUACUGAAGGUAGAAUGUCAUGAUCUACUCUUUCCAGUUGACUUAGUGUAAAGAUCAGUAUGGACCACUGAUCUUCUCACUUAUUUUUUUUUUAUAAUUUUUGUUAACAUGUACAAUGCAGAACUGAUGCUCGGUCUUUUUAUUCCAAAUUGUAAUAAACAAGGGCCCUAUAUAUUUAAGUAUGCUGAGUAGUCUAGUUGACAGUAAUUAUGUAUGUCAGAGGUUUUUAGUUGUAUUUAAGCUCACAUGAGCUCACAGUUAAACAGCUACUGAGUGCCGCAGUGUAAAGAAAGCUCUCUACAGUCCAGUACAGGGGUGCCAAACUCGAUUUAGGUAACGGCCCAAAAUUACACCAACUCUAAUAUCAAGUGGGCUGAAAAUAAUCUCUUCAGCAGACCAAAAACAUCAACAGCUCGUCUUGAAUGUGUUUAUUAACAAUUAUACAUGCAGUGCCUUGCAUAAGUAUUCACCUCUUUGAUUUUUUCCCCCACAUUUUUUAAUGUUACAAACUGAAGUUAACAUUUCUUUGUUAACACACAAAAGAAAAGGUGUGACUUUCUUACUGUUAACUUUGUUUGUUGUGAAACUCAGAAAUGUGUUUUGUUUAGGGGAAAAUAAACAAGAAAUUGUAUUCAAGUAAAAAUGCAGAUAAUGUAUCAAAAUCUUGGAAGUACCCUCACAUAAAAAUGUUAAGUAUAAAUGAAAAAAGUGCCCCUUUUCUUACUUACACUAUAAGUAUUUUUUUAUUUAGUAUUUAAUUGUUAAUAUUCCUUUAAUGUUACUUUUUCUUUCAUAAAAUUAAAAACCUUUAUUUUAUUGAAGAUAAAUGAAUCAAAAGUAAAUAUCAUGUAAGUGACCAAAGUUAACCAACAAACCAUUGUUUGAAUCGCUGCCGAGGCAGUUUGCGUUAGCUUAUGGAAUCUUUAAUUUCUAACCUGGCAUUACCUGGCUCAUCAUGAUUUAUUUUUUAUUAAAUAAAGUUUAUGCUUUCUAGGGAGGCAAAGAAGAAUUCCAGUUUUAUGAGUCUUGCUACUCUAGUAUAUACAAAUAUUUUACCAAGGAAGAAAGUUUUUUAGCAUAGUCAGUGGCUGGAUGAGACAGGUUGUUCAAAAUCUAAAUAAAAAUGUAAGUUAAAAUAAGUUCAUUAAGACAGAGUACAAGCAUUUAGUUAAAGCAAUGCUUGCAUAAAGUAUAAAUAGUGGCAAGUCUAAUUUCUCU